AUGAAAUUCCAGUUUAGUGCCGAGGUUGAAAGAGGCGGAUUGAACUACGGUUUGGAUAUACAGUCAAACUCUGCAGUUAAAGCAACAACAGUGUUUACAAACGUUGCAGAAGUAGAAAUGACAGAUACUUGUGAUGAAGGUUGGAAGGCAUUCGGUGAUUCCUGUUACUUAGUAGUAAGCGAGUCACUGGAAGAAUGCCUGUCCUAUAGCUCAACAUUGGUCUCUAUAUUGUCAAAAGAAGAAGAGGAGUUUCUAGAAAGAUUGGUUGAAAAUGAAAAAUUUUGGCUUGGAGCACAGAAGAGUGAAAAUGAGUGGAUAUGGCUUGAUUCAGGCAAAACCGUGGAUUCUAAAUACUGGUCUGAAUCUUUUAGUAGUAGCGAUUCAGUUUUAAAUGAAGGCGGCUUAUGUCUUGGUUAUCCAGAGCCGGACGUUACUAUGUGUAAUCGAACGAGCGAUAUGAUAAAAUCGUUUCUUCAUGCAUUUAUGAUAAGUCUCAAUUUAAACGGCAGUGAUGUAGGUACUCGUCCGGAAAGUAAAGUCAAAUGCUUGGCUAAAAAACAAAGCCAACUAACGACUGUUUUAUCAGAUGCAGAAGGAAAAUUCCUAACAGAUCUAAGAUGUAGUUUGUUCAAUUUUAUUGUCGGUAAUGCAAACCAAGUGGUAAUUGGCUGCUUAGAAAUUACUGGAGGAAAGGAGGUUUGGACUGGCUUAACAUACUCAGCUGGGCAAUGGGCAUGGGACAGCGGUCAAGAGCAGCUGAAUUAUACAAAUUGGGCAGAAAAAACGGAGUCUGAAGCGAUAGAAAUAUCUGGAGUAGCUUUUAUGUAUCUUGCGAACGAUAAGUGGCAGGUCACAACGAUGGAGAGUGAGAUUCGUGGUUACGUCUGUAAAAGACUCGGUUCUCGUGUCAGACGAGCACUAGUACCGAAAGAAACCAAGGUAAACAAAUAG